AUGGCGCUGAGCUCCGGGUCCCGAGAGCUGGGGCGCGGCGGGCGGGCGCUGCGGGCGGCGGGCGUCUCCACCGGCCCCUCCCUGCAGUGGUGCGCCCUGCCCUCCGCCCUGGGCUCCGCCGUCGCGACCGCGGCGCUGGAGCAGCUCUUGGCUGUGGAACAAUCACUACAAAGUGACUAUUUUAAAUGCAACGAAGAAGCUAGGACCUUUCUUAAGGACACUGCUAUCGCUGUUAAGAAAUUGGAAGAAAUGAGAAAAGCCACAAUUGAUCGCCUGGAAAUUGAAAGCAUGGAACUCAGCAGACUAUAUUUUCUGCUGGAAACUCUUCCCAGUAGCAUUGGCAGAGAAUUGGAAGAAUGUGUCAGAGAUGCACGGAGAUUAAAUCUUUUUGAGAUAAAUCAGAUACAGACAGACAUUACAAGAAUGAAUAAUGAAAUACAGUCUCUGAAGAUGAAAAUACUUGAUCUGAAAAAAACUAAUGAAAUGCUAGGUGAAGAGCAAGAGGAGCUGGCGAGGAAGCAUGAAAAGUUAGUGCUGUCGCUCAACCACACGAUGGAAGAGAAAGCUACUACCACUAUUUACAUCAAUGAGACUUACACCAAAAUAAACUCAAAGAGAAAAGAAAUAGAAUUGCAAAUACAGUAUCUCAAAGAAAUACAGGAACAGUUGGAAAAGGAAAAAGCAGAACAUUUGAAAAGAAAACAACAAUUGAAUCAACAGAUUGAGGAAUAUAAAAAAUUCUGUGAACUUAAGAGAAAGGAGACUUAUAAAAAGAAGAAAGAAUUGGAUACAUUAAAAGUUAAAGUGUCAAAAAUGAAGGAAACAGUUACGACCACCACAGUGGUUCUUAGUGAUCACAAUUUAGAGAUAGCACGACUACAAGAAUCAAUAAGACUUUGGGAACAAGAGGUCAAAGAAUCGAAGAAAUCCUGUAAGAUACUGGAGGAUAAAAUACAAUUUUUUGUAAGUACCAAAGAAAAACUGGAAGAGUCAUCUGGUUUUGAAAAAGGUGAACUUUUACAAAAGAUAACACAGAUGGCUGAAAAACUACACAAAAAUCGUUUGGAGAACAAAGAUCUACAGGGGAAACUGCAUACUCUUACCAGACAAUAUAAGAUUGUCUUAAGUGAGGAGGAUAAACUUUUUAUGCAGAAACAGAAAAUUUACGUGGAAAAUCAGAAACAACUGACAUUUAUUACUCAGAAAGAAAACUUCCUGUCACAAAGAAAAGUAGACGUCAAAAAUAUGGAAGAAGGACUUGUCACGCUCCAUGAUCUUCUUCAAGCAACAAAGGCAGUGUAUCGGAAACAAAUAAAAAUCCUGAAUGAUAACCUGGAAAGAGAAAAUCAGAGAUGUAUUAUAACUCAAUGGAAAGUAGCUUGUUUGCGAAAAAAGCAUGCACGUUGGAAAAAUGAGCUAAUCUCUGAGAUAGGAGAAAUUGUAGAGAAAAUACAGAUUGUGGAACUCAGACACACUGAAUUAUUACAAGAGACUGGUUUAAGAGAAAAAGAAAUCACUGAAUUUUUGGCAGAGAUUGAAAGGGUUACACGUGAAUUAAAACAAGAGGAGGAGGAAUUUAUUGUCAAAGAAAAAAAGUUAAUUGAAGAGUUGAACAAGUAUGAGGAAAGAUUUAUUAGGGAAACAGAAAGUAAUAAAGUAAAGGAAGAGGAACUGGUUGAGUGUCUUCCACAACUUCAAGUGGCAGAAGAAGAGUACAUAAACAAAAGUGGAAAAUUUGAAGAAAUCAAUAAUAUUAUUACAGCACAAAAGCAGGAGCAGAAUUUACUGAGUGAUUACCUUUCUCAAAUGGCAAGAGAAUUUACAAGAUAUUUUAGCAACACGGAAAAAGUGAAGCAAGAACUCAAACACUUACGAGAUCAAGAAAGCCAGAAGAUUAAAAGUCAUUAUGAAACUCUAAAGAACUUAGAAAAUGAAAUCUAUGUGCAUGACUUAAAAGUAGAUGCUUUGCUCCUGGAAAAUGAAAGAUUAAGAAAAUAUAUUGGAUACAUGAAGAAAAAGAUAGAGCAAUAUAAAAAGAGAGAAGAAGAUCUCAAGUCCACGUCAGGUGACAUGUCUUGUCAAUUGACAGCUCAUCAGACACAGUAUUUGGAUUUGUGGGCUGAAUUUCAGACUACAGUUAAGGAAUUGGUAAACAGUGGUGGUGAGACUUUGCAAGAAAUAAAAAACCUAACAGAGAAGCUAAACGAAAGAGAUGAAAAUAUUGAACGUAUCAGCAUUUGGCUACAAGGGAAUCUUGAAGAGCUGCGUUCUCUUAUGGAACAGGAAUUGAAAGUGGACCUCCUUAAAAAGAAGAAACACAUUCCUAUCAAAAAAGUCCAUCCCCCAGUGGGUGAAUGUAAAAAAACUAACAAAAUAACUUCAAGGCUAUAACUGCUGUGAAUUCAAAAGGCACAAACAAAACUACAGAACAAAAUCCAUAAUCAGAAGAGGUCUUCAACCAAACUACCUAUAAACAGAAAACCUGUUAUAUAAAUUAUACUCUAUUUUUAUAAUCAAAAUACUGUACUGGUAAAAAUAAAUAACAAACAACAUACUUCCCUUUCAUGUUUGCUACCAGA